AUGCAAUUAUCAGCCAAAGACAAACACUUGAGAUAUAAGAAGACGAAAUGCAUUCUGGGCGAAGGAAGCUACAAGACUGUCACAAAGGCUAUCGAUGAGGAAGAGGGGAAAGAAGUAGCCUACAAUGAGGUCAAAAUGAAGUACUGUGAGGACGAAAACCAGAAUGUGUCAUCUUUUUCAAAAGAAAUAGCAUUGCUGAAGAGUGUAGACCAUCCAAAUAUAAUUAAAAUAGUUGACUACUGGUUUUCUGACGACAACUUCAUCUUCAUCACCGAGUUUAUGACUGGAGGAUCAUUGAAGGAGUAUCUUCAGAAACAUGGGCCACUCAGCACAAAGCUUAUUCGGAAGUGGGGAAAGCAGAUACUUGAAGGAUUGAAGUAUCUCCACAUGUUGGAUCCACCAAUUAUACAUAGGGAUAUUAAAAACGAUAACAUCUUUGUAAAUACAGCAAUAGGAGAAGUAAAAAUUGGAGAUCUUGGACUGGCAAGAGAAAGAAGACAUAAGAGAUACACGAUUGUUGGCACUCCGCACUUCAUGGCCAGGGAAAUGUUUGAGGGGAGGGAUACACUGAGAAGAUCGACAUCUAUGCGUUUGGGAUGGGAUUGA